AUGGAUACUAUCGCGGCUACCGAGUCGCAAUGGCUCUCGCAACUGGCAGCCAUGCGGCAGGCCAUCGCCGAUCUGAAACUACCCAAGGACCUUCCUCAAGAAUCGAUGAGCUACGGGAGCGAUAUCGAGUUGGACAUUGACGAUGAUUACUCUUCUCCCGGAACAGUCGAUGAUGUAUGGGAUAUCAUCAGCUCCGACGAUGAAACUUCAGACGACUUGGACGACCUUCUCGAAGCUGACGGCCUUCAUCUCACACACGGAUCACCCUACAACCGGUUUUGGCUGGAAGAUAAGUGCCAGGACUUGGCUAUGCGAAACUCAAGCAUGGAUGCGGCAGAGCUUGCUCAGCAGAUAGUCGCCACCCUAGCUGCCGACAGCAACGACGAGGAGCUACAAAUGUCUUUGGCCGAGAUCGUCGGGUUCGACGACUUGGAUCUGGUGAUCGAGCUUAUCGCUCACCGAGGAGAUAUUCUUUCAGACAAGGGCUCUAAUCUGGAGUCUCAGACAGAUGGUCUCAUGGCUGGUAGACUCCAGACACGAGCAGAGAGAGAACGUGCUCUACAACAGCGCGACUUCGAACAUAAGAGCGCGGCGUUAAUGCCAGCACAGACCCGAGCGGAGCCUUCAUACCCGCACGUUUUCAAACAACACACCUCUGGCAAUACACUCUCCGCCAGCGGAAAGAAAUACGGGUUGCCUCUGGGUAGCGAGCAGAUUGAAGAACCGAAGUACACCGAAUUCGCAAUCCCGGCAUCGAAGGUUGGCAUACUUGGAAAGGGCCGAAAGUUAGUGGAGAUUGCGGAUCUGGAUGGCCUUUGUCGGGGUACCUUCAAGGGGUACAAAAGCCUCAAUCGAAUGCAGAGCUUGCUUUACGACGUCGCCUACAAAACCAAUGAGAAUAUGCUCAUUUGCGCACCCACUGGUGCGGGUAAGACGGAUGCCGCCAUGUUGACAAUCCUCAACGCUGUCGGAAAGAACACUUCUCCAAAUCCACUGGAGAAUCCAGAGGCGACCGAGUUCACUGUCCAGGUUGACGACUUCAAGAUUGUUUAUGUUGCUCCUAUGAAGGCUCUGGCCGCUGAGGUGACGGAAAAACUGGGAAAGCGUUUAGCCUGGUUGGGUAUCAAGGUCCGCGAAUUGACUGGUGAUAUGCAGUUGACCAAGAAGGAGAUUGUGGCGACACAGAUCAUUGUUACGACCCCUGAAAAAUGGGAUGUCGUGACACGCAAAAGUACUGGAGACACCGAGCUUGUUCAGAAAGUCCGUCUACUCAUCAUUGAUGAGGUCCACAUGCUGCACGAUGAACGAGGAGCAGUCAUCGAAUCACUGGUCGCUCGAACCCAGCGACAGGUAGAAAGCACGCAGUCCCUGAUUCGUAUUGUUGGUCUAUCUGCCACCCUUCCGAACUAUACUGAUGUAGCGGACUUCUUGAAAGUGAACAAGAUGGCCGGCAUGUUCUUCUUUGACCAAUCAUUCCGACCAGUGCCUCUUGAGCAGCACUUCAUCGGUGUCAAAGGGAAAGCCGGGUCCAAACAAUCUCGGGACAAUAUUGACCUUGUCGCUUAUGAAAAGGUUCGCGAUAUGAUGGAAAGAGGCCAUCAAGUCAUGGUAUUUGUCCACUCGCGCAAAGAUACUGUUAUGACUGCCAGAAUGCUCAAACAACUAGCAGCCGAGGAGGGCCGUGAGGAUCUGUUCAGCUGCCAUGACCAUGAGGGCUACUCCAACGGUCUUCGUGACAUGAAGCAUGCGCGUGCACGAGAAUUGCGAGACCUCUUUACCAGUGGGUUCGGGACACAUCAUGCCGGAAUGAGCCGCAGUGAUCGCAACUUGAUGGAGCGAAUGUUUUCGGAGGGCCUUAUUAAGGUGCUUUGCUGUACUGCGACUUUGGCAUGGGGUGUCAACCUUCCUGCAGCCGCGGUAGUUAUCAAAGGAACUCAGUUAUACAACCCCCAAGAAGGAAAAUUCAUCGACCUGAGUAUUCUCGACGUCAUGCAAAUCUUCGGUCGUGCAGGUCGUCCACAAUUCCAGGACACCGGUAUCGGUUUCAUUGUCACCACUCAUGACAAGUUAAACCACUACCUUUCCGCAGUGACAGCACAACAGCCCAUCGAGUCGCGCUUCUCCGCUCGACUAGUGGAUAACUUGAAUGCUGAAAUCGCGCUUGGUACGGUCACUUCUGUUCCAGAAGCCGUGCAAUGGCUAGGCUACUCGUACCUCUUCGUGCGCAUGAAGCGCGAGCCGAGAAACUAUGGAAUCGAGUUUGCCGAGCUACGCGAUGACCCAAUGUUGGUCCAAAGGCGGAGGCUGUUGAUCAUACAGGCAGCGCGGGUGCUACAAAAGAGCCAGAUGAUUAUCUUCAAUGAGAAGACGGAGGAUCUGAAAGCCAAGGAUGUUGGUCGCAUUGCCAGUCAAUAUUACGUUUUGCAAACCAGUAUCGAGAUCUUCAACGACAUGAUGCGUCCUCGAUCUGGUGAGGCAGACGUGCUGAAGAUGAUCAGUAUGAGUGGAGAAUUCGACAACAUCCAGUCGAGAGACAGCGAGUCUAAGGAGCUUCAACGCCUGCGCGAAGAAGUGGCGCAGACGGAAGUUGCUGGAGGAAAUGACACGCCCCAUGCAAAGACAAACCUCUUGUUGCAAUCCUACAUUUCUCGCGCGAAGAUCGAGGACUUUGCUUUAGCCUCUGAUACUGGAUAUGUUGCUCAGAACGCGGCACGUAUCUGCCGUGCACUCUUCAUGAUUGCACUGAACAGACGUUGGGGCUAUCAGUGUCAGGUCCUGUUGUCUCUUUGCAAAUCAAUCGAGAAACAAAUUUGGCCAUUUGAUCACCCCUUCCGGCAGUUCGACUUACCCCAGCCGGUCCUGCGGAAUCUCGACGAAAAGCUGCCGGCUACUUCCAUUGAGUCGAUGAAAGAAAUGGAGCCUGCGGAGAUUGGUCAGCUUGUCCAUAAUCACCGCAUGGGCAACACAUUGUCCAAGCUUCUGGACAACUUCCCGACCCUCAGCGUUGAAUCUGAGAUUGCUCCGCUCAACCGCGACGUGCUUCGUAUUCGCCUUUCUAUCUACCCGGAGUUCACCUGGAAUGACCGCCACCACGGAGCCUCCGAGUCCUUCUGGGUCUGGGUGGAGAAUUCGGAAACAUCUGAAAUAUAUCACCACGAGUAUUUCAUCCUCAGCCGGAAGAAGCUCUAUGAUGAUCAUGAGCUCAACUUCACCAUCCCGCUGUCUGAUCCGCUUCCUAGCCAAAUUUAUAUCCGCGUGAUCUCUGAUCGCUGGUUGGGUGCUGAGACCGUUAGCCCGGUUUCCUUCCAGCAUCUAAUUCGCCCCGACACUGAAAGUGUGUAUACCGAUCUGCUCAAUCUCCAGCCGCUACCUAUAACGGCUCUCAAGAACCCGAUCCUGGAGGAGAUAUACGGACAACGUUUCCAAUUCUUCAAUCCCAUGCAAACGCAGAUCUUCCACCUGCUGUAUCACACACCAGCCAACGUCCUUCUUGGAUCUCCCACAGGUAGCGGAAAGACCAUUGCAUGUGAGCUCGCGAUGUGGUGGGCCUUCCGAGAGAAGCCCGGUUCCAAGGUCGUCUAUAUUGCGCCUAUGAAGGCCUUGGUCCGUGAGCGAGUUCAAGAUUGGCGCAAACGCCUCACCAGGCAAAUGGGUUUGAAGCUUGUGGAGUUGACUGGUGACAAUACGCCUGACACACGGACAAUUCGUGAUGCCGACAUCAUUAUUACCACGCCUGAGAAAUGGGACGGUAUCUCACGUAGUUGGCAGACUCGUGACUACGUCAGGAAAGUGAGCCUCGUGAUUAUUGACGAGAUCCACUUGCUCGGCAGUGACCGAGGUCCCAUUUUGGAAAUCAUUGUUUCCCGAAUGAACUACAUUGCCUCUCAAUCUAAGGGGUCUGUUCGACUUAUGGGCAUGUCUACGGCCUGCGCCAAUGCUUCUGAUCUCGCCAACUGGCUUGGUGUCAAGGAGGGUUUGUAUAACUUCCGUCACUCGGUCCGCCCGGUUCCCCUCGAGAUCUUCAUCGAUGGUUUCCCGGAGCAGCGUGGCUUCUGUCCUUUGAUGCAAUCUAUGAAUCGCCCAACUUUCCUCGCGAUCAAGAACCACUCCCCGGAGAAGCCCGUCAUUGUCUUUGUUGCCUCCCGUCGACAAACCCGUCUGACUGCCAAGGAUUUGAUCAAUUACUGUGGCAUGGAGGACAAUCCUCGUAGGUUCGUACGGAUGUCUGAAGAAGAUCUUGAGUUGAACCUUGCGCGAGUCAAGGAUGAUGCCCUUAGAGAAGCUCUCAACUUCGGUAUUGGAUUGCAUCAUGCUGGUUUGGUGGAAUCCGAUCGUCAACUGGCAGAGGAACUCUUCGCCAACAACAAGAUCCAAAUCCUCGUGGCAACCAGUACUCUUGCGUGGGGUGUUAACCUUCCAGCCCAUCUCGUGGUGGUGAAGGGCACACAGUUCUUCGAUGCUAAAAUUGAAGGUUAUCGUGACAUGGACUUGACUGAUGUUUUGCAAAUGCUCGGUCGUGCUGGUCGCCCCCAGUUCGAUACAUCUGGCAUUGCUCGUAUCUUCACCCAGGACUCGAAGAAGGCUUUCUACAAGCACUUCCUCCAUACUGGUUUCCCCGUUGAAUCAACACUCCACAAGGUUCUCGACAACCAUCUUGGCGCUGAGGUAUCCGCCGGAACAAUUGGAACGCAACAAGAUGCAUUAGACUACUUGACCUGGACAUUCUUCUUCCGUCGAUUGCACAAGAACCCAUCAUACUAUGGGUUGGAAAUCUCCGCCGAUGAGCAGAACACCAUUACAGCCCAGGCCCAAGCUCAAGAGUUCAUGGUGGAGUUGGUUGGAAAGUCACUGAACGACUUGGCGGAGUCAUCUUGUGUUCUCGUGGAUUCGGCGACUGGAGAGGUUAACUCCACUCCCUUCGGCAAGAUCAUGAGUUACUACUACCUGUCGCACAAGACCAUUCGAUAUGUCAUGUCACACGCUAAACGUGACCCGAACUUCCACGAUGUCUUGAGCUGGAUGUGUUCUGCAACCGAGUUCAAUGAACUACCUGUCCGACACAACGAAGACUUGAUCAAUGCCGAGCUAGCCCAGAACCUACCGCUCUCGAUUGAGUGCAUGGGCGAUGUACCCCUCUGGGACCCACAUACAAAGGCAUUCCUCCUCCUCCAGGCAUACAUGUCGCGAAUCGACCUUCCAAUCGCCGAUUACGUCGGUGAUCAGACGUCUGUACUCGAUCAAGGCAUUCGUAUCAUCCAGGCAUCGAUCGACGUCAUGGCUGAACUCGGGUAUCUUCCUGCAUGCGAGAUGUUGAUGACUCUACUCCAAUGCAUCAAGUCAGCCCGCUGGCCUGAGGACCAUCCGUUGUCGAUUCUGCCAGGUGUUCCCGCUGAGAACCCUCCCAGUGGCCUUCCGAAAACCCUUGUCUCACUUUCAUCGCAGUCUACUGGUGCAGUUGCUGCCUUGGUCAAGAAGUUGAACCUUCCUCCAAGUUUUGCUCGCAUCGCUGCCCAACUGCCUCAGCUUUCGGUCUCGGUUGCCAGUGUCUCUGCUAAGGGCGUGGCUGUGUCUCUUACACGCCGUAAUCAACCCACUACUCCGGAAUGCAGGGUCUACGCGCCCAGGUUCCCUAAGCCACAAACCGAGGGGUUCUUCUUGGUUGUCUGCAGUGCGCUUCCUAAUGGUGCGGAUGGCGAACUACUUGGUCUGAAGCGUGUCUCGUGGCCACCGGCGUCUAACCGCAAUGGCAAUGGAAGGGGCAGGGGCAACGGCGGCGCUGGUUCUAGUAGGGCUGACAAGGAUAAGAAGGACGGGCUGUUGACCGUUCUAUCCAACGUCAAAUUCCCCGAGGGAUUGCUUGCACAGUCCACGACCACCGGCACGGCUCGGGUGAAUAUCAGAGUCAUCAGUGAUUCGUACGUCGGGAUGACAUGGAAUAUCCCCAACGUAGAGGUGAAACUCGAUACUGAGGUCGAGUCGCAGACUGUAACAGUGGCCGAGUCCAGUAUCCCUACGAAAGCCUGA